AUUUUUUCCCCGCUUUAACACAACGAUAAGAGUGUCCUGUCACUACCGCCUUGCUGUCAAGCAACUCGGGAUUCGGAAGGCGUCCUGCAUGACUAGCUGAUGGAAAACGCGAGAGAUUUGGCGGAGCGCACAUCCCGCAAGCGGCGUGACUCCUUUGGGAUGUUCGACGGUCCAGAGGAGGAUAGGAGCAGCUGCAGUGAGGAGUCCAGCGCCGGGAGCGCCUCCAGCCCAGAGGAGAGUGAGGAAGAGGAGGUGGGAGGAGGAGUGGAAGGACCAGGGGUGGGUGCAUCUCAUCUGACUCCUCCCACCUCAUCAUCAUCCUCCCUGACCCUCAUCAAGACCAACGGGCAGGUGUACACAUAUCCGGACGGCAAGGCGGGCAUGGCAACCUGCGAGAUGUGUGGCAUGGUGGGCGUGCGAGAUGCGUUCUACAGUAAAACUAAACGGUUCUGCAGUGUUUCCUGCUCCAGAAGUUACUCCUCCAACUCCAAAAAGGCCAGCAUUCUGGCCAGACUGCAGGGAAAGCCCCCCACCAAGAAAGCAAAGGUUCUUCAGAAGCAGCCUCUAAUGGCGAAGCUAGCCGCCUACGCCCAGUACCAAGCCAACCAGCAGAAUAGCGUCAAAAAGACGGUACCUGCUGAGGCAUUCAACUGGGGCCGUUACCUAGGAGAUGGAGACGUGAUGGGAGCCCCUGUCAGCUGCUUCAAGCAUGUGCCAAUGGGAAAGUCUUGGGGCGACAUCAGUGAGGGGGUGCGAGUGGAAGUCCCCAACACUGACAGUGGACUCCCCAUGAAGGUUUACUGGAUAGCUGGCAUCAUCAAACUGGCAGGUUUUAAGGCUUUGUUGCGAUACGAGGGAUUUGACAGCGACUCUGCAAGGGAUUUCUGGUACAACCUCUGUGUUCAGGACAUCCACCCUGUCGGCUGGUGCGCCGCUGGCGGGAAACCUCUGGUGCCGCCUAAAUCUAUCCUCCACAGAUGCACUAACUGGAAAAGCUUCCUGGUCAAAAGACUCACAGGCUCCAAGACGCUGCCUCCAGACUUCUCUUCCAAGGUGCAGGAGAGCAUGCAGUUCCCUUUUAAGAAGCUGAUGAGGGUGGAGGUUGUAGAUAAGGCCCACCUGUGUAGGACACGGGUUGCUCUGGUCGAACAGGUGAUUGGUGGUCGGCUUCGACUGGUCUACGAGGAGUGCGAGGAUGGGACAGAUGACUUCUGGUGUCACAUGUACAGUCCCCUCAUUCACAACAUUGGCUGGUCCCGUUCCAUAGGACACCGCUUCAAAAGAUCUGAUGUGUCUAAGAAGCUCGAGGGCCAGAUGGACGCGCCAGGGCAGCUGUUUGCCAAGGUAAAGGAAGUGGACCAAAGUGGACCGUGGUUUAAAGAUGGGAUGAAACUGGAAGCCAUCGAUCCGCUGAACCUGUCCGCUAUCUGUGUAGCUACAGUGAGGAAGGUUCUGGCGGACGGCUACCUGAUGAUUGGUAUAGAUGGUUCGGAGGCGGCAGAUGGGUCAGACUGGUUCUGCUACCACUCUACCUCCCCCUCCGUCUUCCCUGCAGGUUUCUGCGAGAUCAACAGUAUCGAACUCACUCCUCCCAGAGGUUACACCAACCUCCCCUUCAGAUGGUUUGACUACCUAAGAGAGACCAACUCUGUGGCCGCCCCUGUGAACCUCUUUAACAAGGAGGUGCCAAAUCACGGCUUUCGCCCAGGCAUGAAGCUGGAGGCCGUGGACCUCAUGGAGCCCAGGCUGGUCUGCGUCGCCACGGUAACCCGCAUCGUCCAUCGGUUGCUACGGAUACACUUUGAUGGCUGGGAGGAGGAGUAUGACCAAUGGGUGGACUGCGAGUCACCCGACCUCUACCCAGUAGGCUGGUGUCAGCUAACUGGCUACCAGUUACAACCACCUGCUGUGAACACUGCCUCAAGAGAGCUGCCAUUGGGAGUGUCCAAACAGAGGAAAAAGUCCCAGCAGUAUAAAGGACAGAAGAAAAAGAGAAGGCUUCCCGUUUGCAAGCGGCCUGUCAGUCUGUCGGGCGUCAUAGUAACUGGUGUUCCCAUAAGCCUGUCAGGAGAUGAGAACAUGACCCCACCUGAUUACCCAUCACCCCCCACUCCUGCCUCGGCAGCACAACCACCAUCUGCAGACCCAGAGACCAGCCCCAAUGCAGAGGGGACUGCAGACAUUAAGGAGGAGAACGUGGUGGGGGCAGAGUUAUCCUCAAAAGGGGGAGUGGCUGAGACGGAGACCAACGGCCCCUCUGGAGAAUUCUACACCAAACAGGAACCGUAGGGCCUGUCGUUC